CUUAGAUCCGGACCAGGUGUGUGGUGUGUUGAUAGCGACAAGUUCCUGUGCGUCUCCGCCAGUGCUUGUUUCGGGAGUGAACGUGCGUGCGUGCGUGCGUGUGCGUAAGAAAACGAAAGAGACAGAGAGCGACGUGGGGACAGGGGGUCCUUCUGCAAUCAGCGACAGCAACAGCAGCAGCAGCUUGCGUGAUCCCAAGGGGCUUCGGUUGCGCCAGUGCGUACAGAAGAAGCAACAGUUGGUCUAGACCAAGUGGCCGACGCACCAGAACAGGGUCAAAUCAAACAAAUUGUUUGGCUCAAAAAUAGACCACAGCACAGACAGCAGCAGCAGCAGCAACAGCAGCAGCAAAGAAGCAACAGGCGGUACAGAAGGUGGUAUAACAGAGGUUAGGCUUUGGUGGUGAGGGCUAGGCAGUUAUCGACACAAUGAUGGCCGAAACGGUAGUGACGGUGGAUCCGCCAAACCGUGCUGGGGGCAGCCCAGCGGGAGCGGGUGGAGCAGCGGCAGCAGCCACCGCCGGCGGCGGAGGCGGUCAGACCAAACCAGAAUCUAAUCUCAACUGGCUGAAGUUCAACACGCAGUACUUUAUCACCAUACCGGGCAUACUGAAGAUCGUACAAGUGGUUUUCGGUAUCAUCUGUAUGGCGUGCGCGUCUCCUGCCCUCAUAGGCGGCACACAUUUCUUUCUGUUCGUCGUCGUCACCUCAUUCAUCGCUACCCUGCUGUGGACGUUCGUUUAUCUACUCGGUAUCCGCGAGGUGCUCAACCUGGCCAUCAACUGGAUUCUCACGGAGCUUAUCAAUACCGGUAUAGCGACGCUGCUCUACUUUAUCGCUUUUAUCGUGCAGCUCGCCUCCUGGUCCAACCUAUACGGUCACGGCCGUGGUUCCAACAUAGCCGCUGGUGUGUUUGGUUUGUUCAACUUUCUCGCUUACACGGCCGGCACCUACUUCCUGUAUGUGGAGCAUCGAUCGGCCGCUGUCUAAAACCGCUCUGUGGGGUUCGUCCCUGUCCCAAAACCACUCCCUUUCUUUCUCCUUCACUCUCUCUCUCUCUCUCUCUCUCUCUCUCUUAUUUCCACCUACACACACAUACACACACAUAAACGAUCGGCCCGUUGCGCCCAAACUUCACAUCAUCCUCGAAGCCGGCCGUCAAGGUGGCCGGCAAGAGCGCUUCUCCAAAAAAAACCCUCUCAAGGGCCCAAGAUGUGGUUGGCGCCAUGAUGCGCUGACGUAACCACCAAAGUGAAAGCGCCGUCUCGAAGCCCGGCAUCGGCAGGCCAGCGGCGGUGUCCAGACCAAACACUGGUCACUCGGUGGACACACACCCACACACACACAUGCUGGAACACCCAGGGCGCAUCGCAGCAGCAGCACCGUUCAAAGAUUAGGAAGAUGUGAGAGAAAUGAAAGCGAAGUAAAAAAAGGGUAAAGGGGAGUAAGGGGUGGUAAAAGUGACGUAGCAGUAGUAGUAGUAGUAGUAGCCGGAACGAAAGAAGGAGAAGCAGGUGACAGAAACAGAGCGGAACAGAGAAGAGAAGAGAAGAGAAGGAAACUCAAAGCCGAAAGCCGCCGUCCGUCGAGCAGUAGUAGAAGGGGUUUCGUAGGUCGAGGGUCCGUCCGAAUCCAGAUCCCAGGCUAAUCCAAAUUCAGUUCAUUUUAGGUAUUAGGUCGCUCCUAGUAGAGAGAAAGAGAGAAAAAAUAGAGGGAAAAGAGAAAGAAAGAGAGAGAUACAGUGUUUUGUGUGUAUUUAUGUAUGUAUGUGCCUGCGCAGACUAACGCCUUAGUGCCCUGGAGUGCUAAGAUGCUCUCGAAAGCUCCCCCGUCAACUCCCCCUUCCCCCCUCCCCUUCUAGGCAAUAGACAACUACAAUCCAGUGCCGGCCUAGGCUAACCGCUAGAUGCUGAAGUGACAUCAGGAGUGUUUAAUUUUUCACAAAUUUAGCGGAUGUAAUGCCCCUGCAAAAGUGACCAGUGCCUGAAAACCCAAACCAACCCGCUAGACGGGCUUUAACCCGCGGUAUCGCUAGAGCCACUUCCCCGCAAAAUGUCUCGCCAAUGAUGCGCAAAGCUCACAGCGCAGUACGCGCGCGGUUUUUUGGUAUUUUCCGCGCUACUAGCUAAGCUAAACACUACUACUACUGCAUCGAGCGAGAGCGCGACGAAACGGCAUUAAAGUAGACGAAGGGCGCAGGGUGUAUGGUAAACGCAUUAGCGCAUUUCCUCCCCGACUAUAGACCCGGCAACUUCAGGGUAAGCAUCAAGAAACCCAGAAAAGCAAGGAAGUGAAGCAGAGCAAACGAAAAAGACGAGAGAGAGAGAGAGAUAGAGAGAGAGAGAGGGAGAGCCAGAUCGAAGCCAAAAACACUCCAAUGAACACUCCGCAACAACAACCAGCAGCACCUGGAGCCCUCGUGUUUCUGUUGGUGUUCGUGCUCCGUGAUUUCGCUGGUUGGUAGUGCCGGGAGAAGAGCGAAAUCCCCCCCCCUCCGGAAAUGACGGUUGUGAGAUAAAAAUUGAUCUUACGGUCUCUCCGAUGUUUGUUGAUGUUGUUGUUAGCGCUUCCAUCCUUUGAAUCCUACGCGAAACUAGGAUUUCCGCAUUUCACUACCCCUGCCCACACCCUCACACCACCCCACCCAUUGGCAGCAGGCACCGGAAAAAUAGUAGUUAGUAGUUAAGGUGGAUUUUUUAUUAAAUUUAUUCGAGAACACCCGCAGCCCCCCUUCUUCCUGGGCGAGGAAGGAAGGGGGUGCGGGGGUGCGUGGAAAAUUAAGAAAGGGUUAAAUUA